UCAACCUCCAGCCCCUUGCAGGAAGCUCGCGAACUGGGUUCUAGCGGGUAGAGCGCAGACCAGGGUCGUGGUGCGCGGCAAUUGGAGGUCCCUCUGAGAUAUGGGGAACUAGGGAACGCUGAGAGGUCGCCCUCGGAAGCCCCGCCACCGAGAGAGUAUUUUUCAGGAGCCGGAGACAAGAGCGGAGGCCGAACUCGGGUUCUGACAAGAUGGCCAGGCUGCCCCGCAGGAUCAUCAAGGAAACCCAGCUUUUGCUGGCAGAACCAGUUCCUGGCAUUAAAGCAGAACCAGAUGAGAGCAACGCCCGUUAUUUUCAUGUGGUCAUUGCUGGCCCCCAAGAUUCCCCCUUUGAGGGAGGGACUUUUAAACUUGAACUAUUCCUUCCAGAAGAAUACCCAAUGGCAGCACCUAAAGUACGUUUCAUGACCAAAAUUUAUCAUCCUAAUGUAGACAAGUUGGGAAGAAUAUGUUUAGAUAUUUUGAAAGAUAAAUGGUCCCCAGCACUGCAGAUUCGCACAGUUAUGUUAUCAAUCCAGGCUUUGUUAAGUGCUCCUAAUCCAGAUGAUCCGUUAGCAAAUGAUGUAGCCGAGCAGUGGAAGACCAAUGAAGCCCAGGCCAUAGAAACAGCGAGAGCAUGGACUAGGCUGUAUGCCAUGAAUAAUAUUUAAGUCAAUCAGAUCAUCAAGUGCACAUCACUUCUCCUGUUCUGCCAAGACUCUUCCUUUUUUUGUUUGCAUUUAAUGGACACAGUCUUAGAAACAUUACAGAAGAAAAGCCCAGGCAUUUUCAUCUUUGUUGAUUACAUGCACAUUAGCAAAUCUAUGUCUUGUCCUGAUUCACUGUUGGAAAGCAUGAGCAGAGGCUAGAAGUGUCAUCCGGGUUGUUGUGAAGUGUUUAAAAGCAGUGACUCUGCUUGGAUUCAUUUCCCCAUCAUGGUUUAAGUACAAAGCACUGUGAAUAAAGGUAGUUGUCAGGGUUAGCUGCCAGGGGUAUGGGUGUUUUUAUUUUAUUUUUUAGGGGGAAAGUUUUAAUUUUAUGGUUUCCUUUCUCCUUCCCCCUCUUAUGGGAUCUAAUUGCAGUGGUUAAAUGCAGCUAACCAGUUUUUUAGUAUAUGCUCUCUAGCCAAGUCUAACUUUAGACGCUGUAGAUGGACAAGCUUGAUUGUCUGAACCAAAAUGGGAACAUUAAAUAAACAU